UUUGGUGAGUCUUUGUUUGUUAGAGAGAGCAAGGUGUUAUUAGAAACGCAGCAAGGCGGCGGCGGAGAUGGAUCCAGACGCGGUGGCUAAGGCAUUCGUGGAGCACUACUACUCGCAGUUCGAUUCGAACCGCGCGGCGCUAGCCAAUCUGUACCAGGAGGGCUCCAUGUUGACCUUCGAAGGCCAGAAGAUCCAAGGCUCUCAGAACAUCGUCGCUAAGCUCACCAGCCUCCCUUUCCAGCAGUGCCAGCACAGCAUCACCACCGUCGAUUGCCAGCCCUCUGGCCCCGCCGGCGGUAUGCUCGUCUUCGUCAGCGGCAACCUCCAGCUCGCCGGCGAACAGCACGCUCUCAAGUUCAGCCAGAUGUUCCAUCUGAUGCCUACUCCACAAGGAAGCUUUUACGUCUUCAAUGACAUUUUCCGGUUGAACUAUGCAUGAAGACAAUGGUUGAUCACCCACAUUCAACAACUGGUGGGAUUAUGUGUGCCCUCUCUGCUUAUGUUUAGUUCUAGACAUAUCGAAUUAAAUGGAAAGUCUGGACUUUCUUCUCAAGUUUAGUGUUUUGUUUCUGAGAUUCAAAGAUUUGAUGAUGGUAUGGUAUGGUACUAUGGUUGUUAUUGGUUGAUUUGCUGAUAUUUUACCUUUGCUGGGUAAUUAUCUAAAUGAAUACAGUAUUGGGGGUUUGUGUCUAAGAAAGCUUCCUUGGUUCUUGAAUGAUUGGUAUGACUUGCACUUUGCUGAAUUGUUCAGGGGUUUGUG